AUGGAGCCCUUUGUAAUGGAUAUUGACAGAAGUCUUGACGACCUCAUUACUGAAAAAAAGAAGCGUAAUCGUGCCAAAAAUCAACAUCGUGGGCGCCAGUGCAGAAAUGACUGGAAAGGUUUCCGUGGGCAGUAUAAAAAUCGAAAACGGCAUCGGUCGCCCCCAUGCCCCGGUUACGUUAUGGUGCACAACCUUCAUCCUCAAGUGGAUAGUAAAGAACUCAAAAUCGUCUUUGAAGUAUUUGGACCUAUUGAUAUGUGUACUGUACAUUACAACUUGUACAAGAAAUCAUUGGGCAUGGCACAUAUAAUAUUUAAGUUUCGUAAGCACGCGGAGAAUGCCAUACAUCAGUACAAUGGUGGAAAACACUGUGGCAAUAUGAUGUUCCUUAAGGAACCAUCCUAUACAGAGAAGAAUGUUCUGGAAUCGUAUUUCUUCAGCAAACGUCGCCAUGAUCAGAAAAUACAACUUGAACGUCAACGUGACCGAGUAGACGAUAGAUGGAGCAGCGAUGACAACUAA